CCUCGUUUCUUUUCCCCGUUAUACCCUUUCUGUUCCAAACUAAUCAAUCAUUCAGAGAGUGAGGGUUUUAGACUUUAGGUUUCUCUUCUCUUCUCUUCUCUUCCUCGCUUCGCUCUAUUCUACUUCUCCACACUCAUCAUGAAUUCUCAUUCCGUUACUAACCUCCGUCACUCCAACCUCUCACUCCAUCACAACCGUUCAUCAUUCCCAACUCCGUUAUCACCUUCUCUCUCCUUCAUGUCCCUCCCACCACCGCCGUCGUUUAAGUUCCAACCUAUCAAAGCCUCAUCCUCUUCAAACGACCCUGCGUUUCACCAACCGAGAAGAAACCUCCCUUCCUUACCAAACCCAUUCCAAGCGCUAACCUCUCUCUUCUCCCCCGUCGUUGAAACCACCUGCAUCAUCAUCGCCGCCACCGCCUUCUUCUUCAUGCGUUUCCAUCACACUCCCGUCAUUGCCGCCACGCUCGCUACUCCGGCAACCGUUGAUACCUCAGCUGAAAACGAAAACGCUUCAGAAGAAGAUUCGGAGAAGCUAAUCGAAGAGCGGUUGAGUGAAAAUCCAAACGACGCGGAAGCUCUUCGUGAUCUCAUGGAAGUCAAAAUCAAAGCACGAAAGGUUGAUGAAGCCAUUAAUAUCAUCGACCGUUUGAUUGAGAUUGAGCCUGAAGAAACGGAGUGGCGUCUAUUGAAGGCUAACAUGUAUAUCUACAACGAUGACCAUGAAACUGCUAAGAAAUUAUUCGAAGAGAUUCUGCAGAGAGAUCCGUUUCGAGUUGAAGCUUUUCACGGUCUUGUUAUGGCGUCGUCGGAGUCUAAUGAGUCUAAUGAGUCUAAUGAACAUAUGAAAGAAUUGUUGGAAAGGGUUGAAAAAGCAUUGGAAUCGUGCAAGAAACAGAAUAGGGUUUCAGAUGUUAGAGACUUUAGGUUAUUGGUUGCUCAGAUUAAGCUGAUGGAAGGGAAUUUCUCUGAAGCGCUUAAAGCCUAUCAGGAGCUGGUAAAAGAAGAACCGAGAGACUUCAGGCCUUAUCUAUGCCAGGGUAUUAUUUAUACCUUGCUUAGAAAGAAAGAUGAAGCUGAGAAGCAAUUCGAUCAGUUUCGAAGGCUUAUUCCCAAGAAUCAUCCUUAUAAAGAGUAUUUCGACGAUAACAUGUAUGGCACCAAUUUUUUCACGCAGAAAUUCGAGAGGGAAGGAGCUGGUCCUAGGAGUUGAGAAGAAGGUUCUACUUAGAGAUUGUGAUUAGAUGAGAUUUGGAAGCAUUGGUAAAACAUUGUUAUGCUUUAUAAAAUUUUCAAAACUCAACAAGAUUGUGAAUAUAAAUCCAUUGGAGAAAAGGUUGGGACGCCCUUCAUAUAGUAGAGUGACAUCUUAAUGUGGUGUCGCACAUUUUUCAGCAUUUUUCUUACAGGGUUAUGAGAUAAACGGAGGACAAGAAAAAUUAGAGCACACACUGUUAAGAAGUUUAGCCUUGUAUUAAUUACAUUUGUGCUACUGUUACCGCACAAUGAUAGUUUCCUAACUAAUACUAAAUUUGCGUGAGUUGAUAUGCGAGAAUCUGCAAAUAUAUCCAAACUCUUUGUAUAAUCAUUGGUAUGUUGCUUUUUUUUUU